UUAAUUUUGAUUUGAUUUUCUUUUUGACCAGAAACGAAUCUCUGGCUACUUUAAAAAAAGCCAGAAGGAAAGAGACUCGGACCCGAGCCCAGAGAGUCGAUCGAAGUUGUAGAAUCUGAAUAUAUGAAAUCUUUGUGGAAAUAGUCCUCGUUGACGGCUGCAAGUUAGGAGAAGAGGACAUCUGUGCAAAUACAGAUGCUCCUAAUUCUACAAUGAAGCGUUACGUUUACAUCAAUGAUGACGAAUCAGCACGUGGUAUCUACUGUGACAAUCGCAUAUCAAACAGAAAGUAUACUUUAUUGAACUUUCUACCGAAAAAUUUAUGGGAGCAGUUCAGCCGAUUCAUGAAUCAGUACUUUUUACUUAUAGCUUGCCUACAGCUAUGGCCUCUCAUUACACCAGUAAAUCCUGCCAGUACAUGGGGUCCACUUAUCUUCAUAUUUGCAGUCUCUGCGUCAAAAGAGGCUUGGGAUGAUUACAACAGAUAUCUUUCAGACAAGAAGGCUAAUGAGAAGGAAGUCUGGGUUGUCAGCAAGGGCAUUAAGAAACAUAUCCAAGCCCAGGAUAUCCAUGUAGGCACUAUAGUAUGGUUACGUGAAAAUGAUGAAGUGCCUUGUGACCUUGUUCUGAUUGGUACCUCCGAUCCCCAAGGACUUUGCUAUAUAGAGACUUCUGCACUGGAUGGUGAAACUGACCUGAAGACGAGGAUUAUACCUUCUGCUUGUAUGGGAAUAGAUGUUGAGCUAUUGCACAAAAUAAAGGGUGUAAUUGAGUGCCCUAAUCCAGAUAAAGACAUCAGAAGAUUUGAUGCGAAUAUGAGGCUGUUCCCCCCAUUUAUUGAUAAUGAUAUGUGUCCCUUAACAAUUAAAAACACCAUUCUUCAGUCAUGUUACUUGCGGAAUACGGAGUGGGCAUGUGGAGUGGCUGUAUAUACAGGCAAUGAAACCAAGCUGGGAAUGAGUAGGGGUAUCCCAGAACCAAAGCUCACUGCAAUGGAUGCCAUGAUUGACAAGCUGACUGGUGCUAUAUUUGUAUUCCAAAUUGUGGUUGUUAUGGUUCUGGGCAUAGCUGGCAAUGUUUGGAAGGAUACAGAGGCAAAGAAACAAUGGUAUGUCCUUUACCCAAAUGAAGGCUCUUGGUUUGAACUAUUGGUCAUCCCUCUGCGAUUUGAGCUUCUUUGUUCGAUCAUGAUACCCAUUUCCAUCAAGGUAUCUCUAGAUCUGGUGAAAAGCUUGUAUGCAAAAUUUAUUGAUUGGGACCAUCAGAUGGUUGACUCAGAAACUGGUAUUCCAUCCCAUGCAACAAAUACAGCGAUAAGCGAGGACUUGGGACAAGUUGAGUACAUAUUGACAGAUAAAACUGGCACUCUGACUGAGAAUAAGAUGAUUUUUAAAAGAUGUUGUAUCAGCGGCAUUUUCUAUGGAAAUGAGAAUGGAGAUGCUUUGAAAGAUGCUGAGCUUCUUAGUGCUAUUUCUUGUGGGUCCCCUGAUGUUGUGCGAUUUCUUACAGUUAUGGCAAUAUGUAAUACUGUCAUACCCACACGAAGCAAAAUUGGAGAUAUUUUUUAUAAGGCACAGUCUCAGGAUGAGGAUGCUCUUGUCAACGCUGCUGCAAGGUUGCAUAUGGUUUUCUUCAAUAAGAACGGCAGUAUUCUUGAGGUCAAGUUCAAUUCUUCAGUACUUAAUUAUGAAAUUUUGGAUACCCUAGAAUUCACUUCUGAUAGGAAACGAAUGUCAGUGGUGGUAAAGGAUUGCCAAAACGGAAAGAUCCUUCUCCUAUCAAAAGGAGCAGACGAGGCAAUUCUUCCAUUUGCCCGUACUGGGCAGCAAACCCGAAAUUUCAUUGAAGCUGUGGAGCAAUAUUCUCACUUGGGACUACGUACAUUAUGCUUGGCUUGGCGAGAGUUAAAGGAAGAUGAAUACCAACAAUGGUCUUUGAUGUUUAAGGAGGCCAAUAGCACCUUGGUUGAUAGGGAGUGGAGAGUUGCUGAAGUCUGCCAAAUGAUUGAACAUGACUGGGAAGUUCUUGGUGUAACAGCUAUAGAAGAUCGUUUACAGGAUGGAGUUCCUGAAACAAUAGAAGCACUUAGAAAGGCGGGAAUAAAUUUUUGGAUGCUAACCGGAGACAAGCAAAAUACAGCUAUUCAAAUUGCCUUAUCGUGCAAUUUUAUUUCCCCAGAGCCAAAGGGACAGCUUCUAUCAAUUGAUGGGAAAACCAGAGAUGAGGUUUGUAGAAGUUUGGAGAGAGUGCUUCUUACAAUGAGGAUAACUCCCUCAGAGCCCAAGGAUGUGGCCUUUGUUGUUGAUGGUUGGGCUCUUGAGAUAGUGCUUAAUCACUACCGGAAAGCUUUUACCGAGCUUGCCGUACUGUCAAGGACUGCUAUAUGUUGCCGUGUGACACCAUCACAAAAAGCACAGCUUGUAGAGCUUUUAAAAUCAUGUGAUUAUAGAACACUGGCAGUUGGUGAUGGGGGAAAUGAUGUAAGGAUGAUACAAACAGCUGACAUAGGUGUUGGCAUUAGUGGGAGAGAAGGGUUACAAGCAGCAAGAGCAGCAGAUUACAGCAUUGGAAAAUUCAGGUUCCUAAAGAGACUAAUUCUUGUCCAUGGCCGGUACUCUUACAACCGUACGGCAUUUCUCUCUCAGUACUCAUUCUACAAGUCCCUACUGAUAUGUUUCAUCCAAAUCUUUUUUUCAUUCAUUUCAGGAGUCUCUGGAACCAGCCUUUUCAAUUCUGUUAGCUUGAUGGCUUAUAAUGUUUUCUACACUAGUGUUCCUGUACUAGUCAGUGUGCUUGACAAAGAUCUUGGUGAAGAAACUGUGAUGCAGCAUCCCCAAAUUUUAUUUUAUUGCCAAGCUGGGAGGCUUCUAAACCCAAGUACAUUUGCUGGAUGGUUUGGGCGAUCUCUCUUUCAUGCAAUAGUAGUAUUUGUGAUAACCAUACAUGCCUAUGCUUCUGAGAAAAGUGAGAUGGAGGAGGUCUCUAUGGUUGCGCUCUCUAGUUGUAUAUGGUUGCAGGCUUUUGUGGUUGCAAUGGAGACCAAUUCCUUUACAAUAUUGCAACAUCUUGCUAUAUGGGGAAAUUUGGCUGCCUUUUACGUCAUCAACUUCAUCUUCAGUGCCAUUCCUUCGUCAGGGAUGUAUACAAUUAUGUUUCGGUUGUGCCAACAACCAUCAUAUUGGAUAACAAUAUUUCUUACAGCAGCAGCUGGGAUGGGUCCAAUUCUAGCCAUCAAGUACUUCAGAUUUACGUAUAGACCAAGCAAAAUAAAUACCCUUCAGCAAGCUGAACGUCUGGGGGGACCAAUUUUGUCUCUGGGCACAAUUGAGCCUCAAUCCAGAUCCAUAGAGAAAGAUGUCUCUUCCCUGUCAAUAACACAGCCCAAAAACAGAAGUUCUGUGUAUGAACCCCUCUUGUCAGAUUCUCCAAAUGCCACCAGAAGGUCUCUUGGAGCAGGAACACCAUUUGAUUUUUUCCAAUCUGCGUCGCGAUUAUCACUAUCUAGUAGUUACACGAGAAAUUGCAAGGACAACUGAACCGACGAAUUCAGCAGUUGGAACAGUUCACAGGCAAUAAUGUUGCACAUUGUUAGUUCCUCGUAAUCUAAAUCUUGAGGAAAUAUGUCUACUUUUUUGGUCUUAAGCUAACAUAUAGUCUUCCUGUAGCCCUGCUUUACGACAUAGGACGUGGAGAAUUUUUGCGCCCCUGAUUAAUAAACCCAAUCAUGAUUGUUCUAUCUCCCACUUUGGGACUUAGUGAGAUGCCUGGGCUAACAGUUGGCCGUAGGGAUUUCUUUUUGUCUUUUUUAAUAUACACAUUAGAAUGAUUACUUUUGAAACACGAACUUGAAAAAAUUCUUGUUGGAUCAGAAACUCGUAUUCAGGAGAUA